UUUUAAAAGUCACUAAAUGACGACCUGGCCCAUCUUAACUCCGUCCGGCCGCUUCAGUCCGGUGCCUCAGCUCGUCGGUAACACUAACGAUACCCCGGAGGUGCACGCUAGCGAGCUCUCGCUGCUAGCCGACGUUAGCUUCACGGCUAGCGCUUUUAAAUGGAACCGUUGUGUCUCCAACUCUUGCAUAAGCACGUGUUGGUCUAACUAUGUACUCAACGACGUGUCUUUUAUUCUGAAGCACGUCGACGUUGGAUCCUUUAUACUUUCAUAUGACUGGAAUAGAUGAUAGCUUCGAGAGUUUGACAUUUUGUUCACUUUUGUGGAAGCCGGUCAAAGUUUACAAGCUUUACUGACUCGUGUAGCUCUGAACAGGUCGCGUGCAAUGAGCCGUUAGGUUAAAUUAACUACAAUGUUUAUUUAGCCAUGACGUGACCCUGUUUGUAUCUUUAAACCCGUUGUAACGGUAUUGGUCAACGGAGAGACACGUGUAGAAUACAACACACACCACACACACACACACACACACACAAAGUAGAGCGUCACGUGUCGUCAUAACCGUGAAGUCUGAGUAAAAUAAUCUAAUGUCGAGGUCCAGCUCCUAGCAUUGUCAUGACAACUGAGCAAACUCCACCCACAGUGGAAGACCACGAGAUGUGGUCGAAAGCUCCAGAAAACAAAAACUAGUAAGUGAGAGUAAAGAUUUUUCUUUGGUCAAAAUAGAUGAGUUGAGUAUGAAAGAGGGGAGGGGGGGAAACAACAUGUCACAUAAAUAAAUCUGUAACCUGCAAAUAUUUGGUAGGUUUGCUGGAUGAGCGGGGUUAAUGAAAUAUGGGGAAAUGACACAAUUUGUGUUUAACAAUCUCUCUGAACGUACAGUCACACGUCUGAAAGCAGGUUCUGCCCGUUUUGUGAUGUUUACAUGAAACAUCAUGGAGAAGCUUAGAUGUAUUAAAUGUAUAUAUUGUGUAUCCAACCACACGUAUGAUCCGUCGAGUCCUUUGCUUUCAAACCUGGUUACCAAACUGUCAGGAUUCAAUGUGCUCACCACCACUAAUCAUCAGUAAUUGCUGACAGGGCCUUAUUGUUUCAGACACGCUAUACCUUUUUACAAGUUCUUCCUUAUUUGCUUAGUUGUUAGCAUCUUAGUGAAGCCUGCCUUUCUUUCUUGAGUCUACAACAAGGGAUCGGGGAACUUGAGACGGUGUAACAGAGAGAAAAGGAGGAGACUCUGCGAGGUAGAGAUCAGUUACUCACACGGGCCUGAGGGCUGAAGGGACGUGGAGUUUAUUAACAGCAUGGUGGUUACAGCGCGUCCUGGGGAGAAGAGGCGAAGCCAGGGCAAUAGUGGUCGUCGCCCCAAGUCCAAACCUGACAGCGAGGAUGCCGACGACACCUCCAUGACCUCCUUUGGUGUCGCUGUCCGGGGCCUCCCCCUGGCCUUGGCGUCCAUGAGGCAAGCUACCGCCUCAGACUCCCGCUUCCACCCUAAAUGGCGGGCAAUCACUGUGGCGACCCUUCUGGCUUUAGUGCUCAUGUUAUACCUGCACCGCACAGUAGGGGACAGAGACACCGCCGCCAGAGGUUACUACCGCAACAGGGUUGAUGGUUUGCAAAUGCACAGCGAGGGCGAGGAUGGCAUCUUCCAAGAGACGAACAGGCAAAAUGCGAGAAGCCUUUCACGCCACCAGAGGAGGGGGAAACCGUACAAUGACACUUACCCGUUAAGUCCGCCGGAGAAGACCAAGCACGGCAUCCGCUACCGUGUCGGUGUGAUCGCAGAUCUGGACACGGCGUCGCGUAGCUCGAAGGACCAGACGUGGUUCAGCUACAUGAAGAGAGGUCACCUGACCGUUUCAGACAGCGCUGACAGACUGGAGGUGGAGUGGGAUGCUGAGACGGUCACACUGGAGAGUCAUCUGGCUGAGAAAGGACGAGGUAUGGAGCUGUCUGAGCUGGUGGCGUUCAACGGUCACCUGUACAGCGUGGACGACCGUACGGGCGUGGUGUACAGGAUCGAAGGCAACCGGGCCGUCCCCUGGGUUAUACUACCCGACGGGGACGGCUCAGUCUCCAAAGGAUUCAAGGCAGAGUGGCUGGCAGUGAAAGAUGAGCAACUGUAUGUUGGCGGCCUGGGCAAAGAGUGGACCACGACGUCCGGAGAGGUCGUCAACAACCACCCCGAGUGGGUGAAAGUUGUCGGCUACCGCGGCAACGUGCAGCAUGAGAACUGGGUGCCGUACUACAACGCCCUGCGGAGCGCAACGGGGAUACAACCACCAGGCUACCUCAUCCAUGAAUCGGCAGCGUGGAGUGAGCGUCUCCAGCGCUGGUUCUUCCUCCCUCGCCGCGCCAGUCACGAGCACUACGAAGAGACCGCGGACGAGCGGCGUGCCACCAACCUCCUCCUGUCCUGCCCCGCGGACUUCAGCUACACGACGGUGCGGCAUGUCGGCCCGCUCGACCCGACCCACGGCUUCUCCUCGUUCAAAUUUGUUCCUGACACGGACGAUCAGAUCGUCGUGGCCCUGAAGUCGGAGGAGGACGCAGGCCGGAUUGCCACCUACAUCAUUGCGUUUACGCUAGACGGUCGGGUGCUGAUGCCCGAGACAAAGAUAGGGAACGUGAAGUUUGAAGGACUGGAGUUCAUUUGAGACGGACAGCGAAGAUUAAGAAGCGGACUGUGUACUUGCAACACUUGUUUUCAGUCCUUAGUAUUACAUUCCCCUCUCAGUUCUACUGUGCAAUAAUGUGGUAUGACCCAAAAGUAUAUAUUCCAUGAUUAUAUAUAAUAAUAAUAUAGUAUUAAAAUUGAGAGGAACAAUGGUAGGUAGAGGAGAAGGCAGUUUGGGCCUCAUCUGUGACCAGCCACACAGAAGGUCUCCACCUUAUGAGAUCUUUUAAUGCUUUUAUAAUAAGACACCACUGACAUUCUAGAGGAGUCUGGGUAAAUGACUAUGAAUGAGUAGCCGUCAGUUUAUCAAACAGCAGGUAAUGUGGAUCUCUUCUCCUCUGCUGGUCAGACACUCAGGAUUAAAUGUUUUUAAGGAAUGUCCUUAAAGAACUUGAAAUAUUAAACUCACCCAUUACUUUGUUUUUAUCUUACCUGCUCAGACAGGACUCUGUCAUAAACACCAGCUACUUUAUUUAAACGGAAACCAUUCAUAAGUUCAUUUUGUAUCCUUUCAAAAUGCAAAUAAUAAAAACAUGUUCUCUUGUU